AUGGACAACCUGACGUUCUUCAAUACUGCUAACAACCAAACCCCAAUUCGCUGCAAAUCAAACGAGGAUUUCAAGUACAUCCUGCUUCCCAUUUGCUACAGUCUGGUGUUCAUUAUAGGCCUGCUGCUCAACCUCACCGCCCUGUACUUCAUCCUGUUCCGGAUCAGACGCUGGAAACCCAAAACCAUUUAUAUGACGAACCUGAUCGUAUGUGACCUGAUGUACCUGUUCACUCUGCCCUUUCAGGUCUAUUAUUACAUCGUAAAGAAUGACUGGCCUUUCUUCGAAUUCUUCUGCAAGCUCUUACGCUUCCUGUUCUACACCAAUCUCUACGGGAGCAUCCUCUUCCUGACCUGUAUCAGCGUCCUCCGCUUCGUUGGUAUUUGCUACCCGAUGCGGUUCAUGGGGUGGGUCAGUACUCCUCGUGCCUGUCUUGUCUCGGUCAUCAUUUGGACCAUUUUACUCGUCUUCCAGGCACCAGUGCUGUACUUUUCCCGAACUAAUGCAGAGCGCUGCUAUGACACCACAACCCAAGAUCUGUACGUAUACUUCCUGAUCUACAGCUCGGCCAUUAUGGUGCUGUUCUUCGUGGUUCCCUUCUGUUUGGUGCUCGUCUGCAACGGAAUGAUGAUGAGAAAACUUUCACAGCCCAGCAUGGCAGGAAGUGCUACAUCAUCUCUACGCGCCAAGAAAAAGUCAAUCAGAAUUAUCAUAGUCGUUCUCCUGGUCUUUAUACUCUGCUUCCUGCCCUUUCACCUAACGCGGACUGUUCACUACUUUUUCCGAUACUUCGACCUGCCCUGCUCAGUCCGACAGUACUCCAAUGUACCAUAUAAGAUGGCGAGGUUGCUAGUGACUGCUAACGGCUGCAUCGAUCCCAUCCUCUACUUUAUGUCUGGGGAGGGCUUUCAACAAACCAUACGAAGGAAGGACAAGCAAGCAGAGCAGGGUGAGGAGGGCAAGCGUCUCUCCACCUCUUUAUGA